AGCCAACGAAUUCGAAAUCCUCGAAGUUGACCCAUCGCGAAGCCAUCCUCUUUCGACUGUCGCAGGUCGCCAUGCCUUACGUGACCGCGCCAGUGACACAGGUGCUCCCCUCUAAGGAGCUGAAGGAGCUGCCCGAGGGCACCAGCGGCUCGCCGCCCGCGGCCGAGCCGGCACCGGCGGAUGUGCCGGCGGACGUGACUGCCACCGGCGAAGAGGUGACGGGCGAAGCAGAGCAAGAAGCAGCCGAAGCAGAGGAUGGCCCCAAGACGAAGCGGGCCCAAUCCUUGCGCGCUCGGGUGCUGGCGGAGUUGGGCUCCUCCAGUGCAGAGGAGGUGAAGCAACGCCUGGUCAAGGAACUGGAGGAAGAGGGGCGGAAGGUGGCGAGUGCCAAGGCCAUUGAGGAGGAGAAGCAGACGCUGGUGGAUGAGGCUACAGCUGAGGUGGCCCAGCUGAGCAAAGCUGUGGAGGAAGCGACCGAGGCGGAGACUGAGGCAGUUCAGCGCGUGAAGGAGAUCAAGCAGAAGAAAAAAGAGGCCGCAAAGUUGACGGCACUGAAGAAGAAAGAACUCCAAGGCUAUGAGGAUAUGCUGGUGCUUCUGGAUCUGGAGAAGGAGAAGUGCAAGCGCCGGCGCGAGGCGGAGGAGUCGCGCGCCGGGGAGGAGGAUGCCAAGCGGCAGAAGAUCGAAGAAUUGAUGAAAGUCGUUGAAAAAGCGAAGAAGGCUCAGGAUGAGCUGAAGCGCAAGGAGAAGGAAGCACGUCAACAGGUGCGUUCUCUGGAGAAGGAGCAGAAGAAGCUCGCACGCCUGGGGCCCUUCAGCCGUCGUGUGGCGAAGGCCAAGGAGACGAAGGAGCAAGCUGAGCCCGAGUCCGUGGAAGCUGAGACGAAGGAGGCCUCUCCCACUGAAGGCGUAGAGGUGGUUGCCGUCAAGCGCGAGAUCUCUACGCCUGUGCCCACGCGCUUCGAGGUGCACGAAGUGAUCAGCAUCGAGGACUCACAGUGAGAUGUGUAGAUCCACUGUCAGGGAAGGAUUGAGCAAGGCAUGAUGACGUUGUUGACUUUUUUUUUGCGAAAAAGAAGAACAGAUGGAUGGUGCCGGCAUGGUGCUACUGAUAGAUGCUGGGAAGACGCCGUUUCCUUUUUGGCUGAGAAGAUGCCGGUCGACGCUUUCGGGCCGAGACUUCGCUCGGUCUCUGAUCAAGUGUAGAUGGGCCACUCGGAUGGGACGUCGGAGCUCAGUCCCACCCUGAGGAACGUUGAUCACUUCACAGAGAGGGAUUGCCUCCGAGGGCUGUAAAAGACAGGCCUGGCCUGAC